AGAUAACAAUUUGAAUCAAUUUAAUCCAUACUUGGGAGGGUAAGCCAAAGAGGUGAUGCGCUCCAAGCGCUCCACUGGAAUCUGAACAAGACACAUGGUGGCGGCGGUCAAUUGGGUGACAUUGGGUGUUAUUUUUAGUCCGUCGGAAGGUUUUGGUCGUCGUCUGAGGUACACUGUGCUAUUCUGCGGCAGUCUCGUGCUGUUUGCGCAAGGAAACCGUCCCGCAUUAUGGGAAGCGUGACAGUCCUGUCGGUGGUGAUUACCGUCAUCGGUCAGCUGGUACAGACUUGCUCCAGUGCGAACAUAUUAUACAUCAGCAGUGUCGCAUCGCCAAGUCAUUUCUUAUGGAGUGAACAGGUGUUUGAAAGACUAGCCGAGAUUGGACAUAAUGUGACGGUGUUGAAUUUGUACAAACACGGAUUCAUUAGAGGAGUACAUCUUAUUCAAUUAGAUGGCGUAAUUGAUAAUCUGGCCGCGGAGGAGGAGGACUAUGUUGCGUUGGGUCGAAUGAAUUUGUUUGAAGCCCAUAUAUCAUUCUUUGAGCUGGAAUACUUCGUAUGUGAACGAGCCAUCAGUAGUAAAGGAUUCCAGGAUUUGCUCAACUAUCCCAACGGAUUUCAAUUCCAUCUGACUGUUCACGAUCAUUUGGCUGGGCCGUGUUUGCUAACACUGCUAUCACAAUUCAACUAUCCACCGUUGGUUCUUGCAUCGGCGUAUAACCGAUUAGCCACGACUACCACGUCAUUGGGAUCAUUAGUCUUUCCCGGGUUUAUCCCAAAUCAAGUAAAUGAUAUAGACGGUCCGAUGAACUUCUAUCAACGGGUGUUCAAUUUUCUACUUGCGUUUUGGGAAUUACUCUUCAAGGAGUUUAUAUACCAUCCACGAUUAGAUGCCCUCAUCAAGAGUCAACUCAAUCAAACCAAGUCCGUCUCAUCUCUAGAAAAGCAUACCGUACUGGUAAUACUCAACUCUAGCCCAAUACUUGAGCCUCCGGAGCCGAAACAUGCCAACAUAAUCCAAGCCGGGUUCCUCCACAUCAAAUCGAGCAAGAAGCUGCCACAAGAUUUAUUCGACAUUGUUGAAAAGUCCACAAACGGAGUGAUACUCUUUUCGCUUGGAACCAACGUUCGGAGUGACCGCCUUGAUACAGACAUCCUUCGUGAAAUAAUAACCGCUAUGGGGAAUCUCCCAUUGCUAACAUUCCUCUGGAAGUACGAAUUUGAUGGGUUGAUCCUUCCGACGAAUGUUGUCACCUCGUCGUGGUUUCCACAGAAUGACCUGUUGUCGCAUCCAAAGUUGCGACUCCUCAUCACCCACGGGGGAUUGCUGAGUGUCCAGGAAGCCGCAUGGCACGGAGUGCCCCUGAUUGGGAUGCCAAUCUAUGGCGAUCAGUUUGGAAAUGUGAAUCAGAUGGUAGAAAGAGGUGUUGCGAGGCGUUUAUCUUUGCCGGAACUGACCGCACAACAGCUGCAGGACUGUAUCGGGGAAAUGAUUUCAACUCAGAGUUCUUAUAAGGAGAACGCGAUGCAUCUUUCGAAAAUAGUUCGUGACCAGCAGGAGUCACCCUUGGACAGAGCAACUUGGUCAAUCGAGUGGAUCCUCAGGAACGCGGAAACUCGUGACUUAUGGCACCGGUCAUUAAAUUCCCACGGGCUCCUCGAGAAGUACUCGUUCGAUGUGGUUACUCUACUCGUUGGCUGCAUUGCCACCGGUUCAGGUUUAGUUUUACUGUUAUUUAAUCGUUGUUGUCUGGGAGUGCAUAAAUAUAAAAUAGAGUGAAAUAAA